UGCGCAGUGCGCUUCCCCUCUGCUCCCCGGCCUGUCAGUAGCAGCAGGCGUAUGGAAACGUAGGCAAGUGGAUCGGGUGAGGUCAUGUGUUUUUAAGGCGCUCAGCGGAAUCGAUCAGUGUUGCUCGGCGCCAAACACACACCGUCCACAACUCCGGAAAGUUCGAGCGGCCCGUCGCACCGCCGGGAUCCACCUAAGGGCUUACACGAGCGAGAGGACAUUUUUGGAUGCACAGAGAGCAGCUAUUGAAGAGUUCACCAUGAAUAAAAACAAGAAAGAGAAAGAAUUCUACAGCAUCGACGUCGGAGACUCGACGUUCACUGUAUUAAAACGGUACCAGAACUUGAGACCCAUCGGAUCGGGAGCACAGGGAAUUGUGUGCUCCGCUUAUGACCAAGUCCUUGAGAGAAACGUAGCCAUCAAGAAGCUGAGUCGACCCUUUCAGAACCAGACGCAUGCCAAGAGGGCGUUCAGAGAGCUCGUUCUCAUGAAAUGUGUCAAUCACAAAAACAUCAUCGGUUUAUUAAAUGUUUUUACACCCCAACAAUCAUUAGAAGAAUUUCAAGAUGUCUACUUGGUAAUGGAACUGAUGGAUGCCAACCUGUGCCAGGUCAUUCAGAUGGAGCUGGACCACGAGAGGCUGUCUUAUCUUCUUUAUCAGAUGCUGUGCGGUAUCAAACACCUCCACGCCGCCGGCAUCAUUCACAGGGAUCUCAAGCCCAGCAAUAUUGUGGUGAAAUCAGACUGCACACUGAAGAUUUUGGACUUCGGCCUGGCUCGAACAGCUGCCACGGGCCUCCUCAUGACGCCUUACGUGGUGACGCGUUACUACAGAGCACCCGAAGUCAUACUGGGCAUGGGCUACCAAGCCAAUGUGGACAUUUGGUCUGUGGGCUGCAUACUGGCUGAAAUGGUUCGCCAUAAAAUCCUUUUCCCAGGACGGGAUUACAUUGACCAGUGGAACAAAGUCAUCGAGCAGCUAGGGACUCCAUCUCAGGACUUCCUCAUGAAACUGAACCAGUCAGUAAGAACGUACGUGGAAAACAGGCCACGCUACGCCGGAUACACCUUUGAGAAACUCUUCCCGGAUGUUCUUUUCCCCGCUGAUUCCGAUCACAACAAACUGAAAGCGAGUCAAGCGAGAGACCUCUUAUCCAAAAUGUUAGUGAUCGACGCCUCCAAGCGCAUAUCUGUGGAUGAGGCCCUGCAGCACCCCUACAUCAACGUUUGGUACGACCCAGCUGAAGUGGAAGCACCACCGCCCAAGGUCCUGGACAAACAGCUGGAUGAGAGGGAGCACACCGUGGAGGAGUGGAAAGGGCUGAUCUAUAAGGAAGUGAGUGAGUGGGAGGAGUGGUCAAAAAAUGGAGUGAUCCGAGGGCAGCCGUCUCCUCUAGGUGCAGCAGUGAUUGACGGCCCCCCUCAACCUUCCUCCUCGUCAUCCUCCUCAUCAUCAGCCAACGAUGUGUCAUCCAUGUCCACGGAGCCCACUGACCCUAGCAGCGACCCCACGGUCACCUCGGAAACAGACAGCAGCUUGGAUAGCCACACCUCCCUUGGUGCUCUGGCGUGUUGCAGAUAACAAUCUCACACACACACACACACACGCAUUUUCUCAAACAUAACCUUUCAUCAGUGCACCUUAUACAGUGAUUGAGAUGGGAGGGUUUAUAGGCCAAUGGAAGUUCUCAUGUUAGCUUGUCGAGCUGCGAUUUCAAUGUACAGUUUGGUGUUAUUGCCCGAUACUACUGUAAAUGAUUGUGGUUUUAAAUUGUGUCAUCAUUUUUAUUAUUAUUGUAUUUUUGCUGCAAAGAAUCAAGAGUAUGUUUCGAUGUGAACGUUACGUUUGUAAUGAAAGGGCGGCGUUGGAAUUUCGGCAUUGACGUUUUUUAGCUCCAGCGACACAGUGGGAUCGCACACUGCGAGCACUGCACUGUUAUUUUUUUAAUAUAUUCUUCAAAUGCUGACACAGCAUUUUGUAUAGUUUUUUUUCUUGAAGGGGUGAUGGUGGUGGGGUGGGGGCAUUUGAAUGAAUCCACUAUUAGUAAAGGACAUUUUUUAAAUGAGGAAGUUAAUGCCUACUUGCUUUUUCUCAUCUUAGAGAGUUUUUCGUCAUCUUAUCACAUAACCUAAUUUGUCAGCAGUUUUUUUCCCCUUGCAUUGAUUUUCGUUUUUUCCAGAGCAUGCUGUAAACGUAUUUUGCAUAUUCAACUCAAAGUUUUCAGUUAAAGAAAAGGGUGAAUGUAAGUGAUCAACACAGGCCAACUCACUGGCUCCAAAAUUAAUGCAUAGUUAUGAAGUGAAUCAUUUUUGGAAUGGCGUCUGGUAUUUAAUAUUUUUAUUAUUUAAGUGCCCUUACUAAGUUCACAGAUUUUUUUUAUGUGCUCUCUGUGGCAGGUUGCGUUCUACCUCUCGAACAGACACACACACACACACACACGUUUUUGACGCUACAGUAUGCAUAUCACACAAACAAAGAUUGACUUUUGUUCUGUAUAUAUUAUUUAUUUAUUUAUUCCAAGUGCAAAUGCAUUUGUUGUAUGUAAUGUACAUGUAGCUCAAAAGUACUGUUUCUAAUGCAUUUUGUUUCCUAUAGCUCAAACGUUGUUUUCUGUGCAAUACCAUAGGUAGGUUAGAGUAGUCGAUGGGAUGUACAUGAUACUGUAGAUGUACUUUAUGUGUGGGAGUUAGAAAACAAGUAAUUUUUAAGGCCGCCACCACAGUCUCUCCCUUUCUUGUGUGUUUGAUGACUCAAGUUUACCAGUGUGUUACGUCUUUAUAAUGAUCAUGUUCGGGCACUCCAUGCAGUAACUUCACUUGCUCCCAGAAUGUAUUUGGGGGGAUUGUGAUGCAUAGCCUCACAUUUUCUGGGCUAUAUCUUCAAUGACUGCUUUGGCUGCCUCUUUUGUUGAUUGGUUUCCUCUCCUGAACCUACUCAAAUAUAAUGUACUCUUCGCACAUUGAAUGAAGUGCAGGAACAAGAAAGUCAUUCAGCAUUAUUGGGAGGGUAAGUCGGUCUUCUGAUGGGCUGUAAAGCGCUGGCGACAAAAUAUUCAACCUGAGAUUUUUUUUUUUGAAUGGAAAAUUGUAUGGCACGGUCUGCAUACAAUACAUGAUGAAAAGAGAAAACUGUCCACCUUCAACUCAAGUCAAUAAAAGAGUUGAAUUUGAACAA